CAGCCGUCCCGGACGUGACGUCAUGUUGUGUUGAUGUUGUGACCGGACGCGCUGUGGACGGAAGAGGGAGACGCGUUUUGUUUUUAUUCAACUAAACCGCUAAAAAGGAGCCGAGGCACCGCUUCUGUGUCCAUUUCGGGUCGAUAAGAGCCUUAGCUCGGUGAUUGGUGCCAAACGGCCGGGCCGGAGGGCGAGUAGACCGUCUUAUUUGAUCUAGAAAGGGAGGACUCGUCACCCUCUGACCCCCUCCCUGCUUCCUCCACACUCUCCACCAUGACUAUUCUCCCGAAGAAGAAGCCUAGCUCCGGGGUCGGCGUCUCGGACCACGCAGAUGACAGCGAUCGUCGGACCGGCUCCGACCCUCACCAACACCCUCACCCGCACGCAGGGCGAACUGGAACCCGACCGAGGGCUUCCCCUCCGCCUUGGUCCUACCAGCCCGCUCCACCCUCUGCCAGGGACGACAGGCGGAGCAUUGAGGCGAGCUCCCGGCCGCAGCAGGCCUCUCCGCCGCCCGUCGGCUCCGUGUCCCUGGGGCCGGGCGACGGUCGGGACAACAGCGGCGGAAUGGUUGCCGGGUCCCGCGGAGAGCUCGUCGUGUCGGCCGGCGUCGUCGGAUGCGGCGGAGGCAUCGGCAGCUGCUGCUCCGGGCCCGGGCUGAGCAAGAGGCGGAGGCAGGCAGGCACCUGCUCCGGUGGGGUGGUGGGGGCGCUGGCCGGCGGAGGCCAGCCCGGGGUAACCGGACCGGGAGGUGUAGGGUCCAGCCAGGACACGGAGGAAGGAGCCGGGAACAACAGCGAGGACGAGUACGAGAACGCCGCCCGGCUUCAGUCCAUGGACCCGGCUACUGUGGAGCAGCAGGAGCACUGGUUUGAAAAAGCUCUGAGGGAGAAGAAAGGAUUUGUCAUCAAGAAGAUGAAGGAGGAUGGCGCGUGUCUGUUCAGAGCUGUCGCUGAUCAGGUUUAUGGAGACCAGGACAUGCAUGAAGUGGUGCGGAAACACUGUAUGGACUAUCUGAUGAAGAACGCAGAUUAUUUCUCCAACUACGUGACAGAGGACUUCACCACAUACAUCAACAGGAAGAGGAAAAACAACUGCCAUGGCAACCACAUCGAGAUGCAGGCCAUGGCGGAGAUGUACAACAGGCCAGUGGAGGUUUACCAGUACAGCACAGAACCAAUCAACACGUUCCACGGCAUCCAUCAGAACCACGACGAACCAAUCAGAGUGAGCUACCACCGCAACAUCCACUACAACUCUGUGGUUAAUCCCAACAAGGCCACGAUCGGGGUCGGACUGGGACUGCCCGCCUUCAAACCUGGGUACGCAGACCAGUCUCUUAUGAAGUCGGCCAUCAAGACGUCAGAGGAGUCGUGGAUCGAGCAGCAGAUGCUGGAGGACAAAAAGAGGGCAACGGACUGGGAGGCCACCAACGAGGCCAUCGAGGAGCAGGUGGCCCGGGAGUCUUACCUGCAGUGGCUGCGGGACCAGGAGAAACAGGCCAGACAGCCUCGUAAGGCCAGUGCCACCUGCAGCUCGGCAACAGCGGCAGCUUCCAGCGGGCUAGACGAUUGGAGUGCUCGGUCACCACGGCAACGUGACUCAGACCCCUCCCACUCUGACCUCACAACUCCCCCAUCAACCAACAACAAGCCCCCUUCCCCUGCAGGAGCUGCCCUCAUCCUGAGCAAACCCCCCUCCCCCUGCGCCCCAGGUCCCAGUAAUCAGAGUCGUCACCAUUUGGAGUACAGAGCCAUCAUGCAGGAGAUGUCACCUACAGCGUUUGGCCUGACAGACUGGGAGGACGACGAGAUCCUGGCGUCGGUGCUGGCGGUCUCUCAGCAGGAGUACCUGGACAAAAUCAAGCACCAGAGCGCCGCCAUGCAUCGAGAGAGAGAGCCGUCACCCGACAGCAGCUGAUAACCGGCCCGAUACGCACAAAACAAAACAAAAAACACGCGCACACACAACAAUGACCCUUCAACCCCGGUAUCCCAACCCCCACCACUACUCUCCUGCCCCUCCCCCACCUCACCUCUGACCCACUGAAGGAGCUCCACCAGGGAAAAAAUAAAACAUCCAACAAUGAUGCACUUUUUUUUUUUUUUGGUUCCUCAUCGGCUCAUAUCUCUCUGUUUCCACUCCGUCGACUCUUUCCUCCUUCCCAUCUCACUUCCUCUUCCUCGCCUCUUUUUUUCUGUCUUUUCGUUUCCUGGUUACCACUCAGACGGAGCUCGGUCUUAACGCUGACUCGCCGUCAGCUGUAAUUUGUACUUUUUGACAUUUAAACAUCGUUCUGGGCAGCUUUGAAUUUUAAUCCUCGUGUUUAGGGAUGUACUGAAAUAUUGGCGGGACAUCUGCAUCGCCUGCUGCCGACCUUACUGACUGCCGUAUGACGGCGUUCAGCGACGGCGGUGGCAGACGUUUGCGCAUUUGUUUCACUUCAGUUUCGUGCUGGCUAAAUGUAUAAAAAGUAGUGAUAUGAAGAGCUGAAAGACUUUAAGUUUUGAUUCAGUGACAUUUUUUGUUGUUUUUAUACAAUGAAGGUUCCUUUGCAUAAAUAAAAUAAAAUAAUUAAUAAAAAACUUAAAUAAACAAACAUUGGUAUCAGUAUCAGCCGUAGGGCAAAUUGUACUUGUAAACACUGGCCCAGAAUUUUGCAAUCGGUACAUUUCUACUUUUUGAAAUCAGGCCGUUAGCUCUGCAGCUAACAUCAUCAUUGGUUUGAAUGAAGAAUGUUAAUCAGAAGUGGGGGGAAAAAUGGCGGCCAGUUGGUUGUUUGUGUGUCAGGGUCCUGGAGGCUAACGCUAUUACCUGAAGUCUUACACCACUAACAAGCUACAUUUACAGUUAGCUUAAUUAAAGAAGGUGUUUCUGUUAGCUUUUUUUUUUUCCUCCCCACUUAUCAUAGCACACGUUAUGCUAGUUACAAUUGUUUCUUUGGCCCUUUUGUUACUCAUGCUGGCAGCCAUUCUGCGUCAGGGAAUGACUGCAUUUUAAAACUUGAUCAUGCUAAUCAGGAUUGGAAA